AGCAAAGCAAAAUACAAUUAAAUAGCUCAAGCAUCGGAAAUCAGCAGAUAUAAAAGUUGUAUAUUUUUGAUGAAUCGAAAUUUUGAAAAAUAUAUAUAUACAUAAAUCAAAAGAUUUCAAAUACACGUAAUUGUAGACAUUUACAAAAAUAUAUUUCAAGUGUUUAGUAUAUAAAAAACGGCCUCAAAAUUGGCAAAAUAAGGAGGAAUAAAAAAAUGAGCUACAACGAAAAGUGUGAUAGUGUAACAAAGGAAGAUUGGAUGCGAAAGUUGGAACAAUUUCCAUAUAAGCAAAGCGAUAUGAAUCGAUUAAUUAUGAAUUAUUUAGUGACUGAGGGUUUUAAGGAAGCUGCUGAGAAAUUUCAAUUAGAAGCUGGACUUGAACCAAGUGUUGAAUUGAGUUCAUUAGAUGAUCGUAUACUCAUACGGGAAGCUGUUCAAAAUGGUCGCAUACAGGAAGCCACACAUCUCGUAAAUCAAUUGCAUCCCGAGUUGCUGGACAAUGACCGUUAUUUAUUCUUUCAUCUACAACAAUUACAGCUUAUUGAAUUGAUUCGAGCUGGAAAAAUUGAAGAAGCUUUAACCUUUGCCCAAAAUAAAUUAUCUGAAGCAGGAGAAGAUAUUCCUGAAGCACUUAAUGAACUUGAACGGACUUUAGCAUUGUUAGCUUUUGAGAAACCACAAAAUAGUCCUUUUUCGGAUUUAUUAGAACAGUCACAUAGACAAAAGAUUGCCAGUGAACUGAAUGCAGCCAUACUUAAAUGCGAACAUAGCACUGAUUCAACACCGAAAGUAAUGUUCUUACUGAAAUUGAUACUGUGGGCGCAAUCGAAACUGGACAGUCGGGAUGUUCACUAUCCAAAAAUGUCUAAACUGGAAACAGCUCUCAUUGAGAAGCCCAAAUAGUUUAAUAGAAAAAUGGAUCGUGUUAGUUCAUCGAAAAUUGAUUCUUUAUAAAUUGAAAAUAACCAGUAACAAUUGUUUUAUAUGGUUUAAUGGCUGGCGUUUGCUUUCUUAGUAAGAAAUAUUUGUAUUACGAUAUGUAUAUGUAAUCGAGUGUACAUUCUCUAUGAUAUGAAUAAAUACACAAAUGCAAAUUCAA